AGAUUGCUGAUUUGCUCCUUAAGCAAGAGAUUCACUGCUGCUAAGCAUGGCUCAGACCAACUCAUUCUUCAUGCUGAUCUCCUCCCUGAUGUUCCUGUCUCUGAGCCAAGGCCAGGAGUCCCAGACAGAGCUGCCUAAUCCCCGAAUCAGCUGCCCAGAAGGCACCAAUGCCUAUCGCUCCUACUGCUACUACUUUAAUGAAGACCCUGAGACCUGGGUUGAUGCAGAUCUCUAUUGCCAGAACAUGAAUUCAGGCAACCUGGUGUCUGUGCUCACCCAGGCGGAGGGUGCCUUCGUGGCCUCACUGAUUAAGGAGAGUAGCACUGAUGACAGCAAUGUCUGGAUUGGCCUCCAUGACCCCAAAAAGAACCGCCGCUGGCACUGGAGUAGUGGGUCCCUGGUCUCCUACAAGUCCUGGGACACUGGAGCCCCGAGCAGUGCUAAUGCUGGCUACUGUGCAAGCCUGACUUCAUGCUCAGGAUUCAAGAAAUGGAAGGAUGAAUCUUGUGAGAAGAAGUUCUCCUUUGUUUGCAAGUUCAAAAACUAGAGGCAGCUGAAAAAUGGAUGUCUAGAACUGGUCCUGCAAUUACUAGGAAGUCAAAAAUUAAACUAGACUAUGU